AUGUAUAUAUCAAAAUAAUUAUAUAUCUCUUUCUUUUCUUUAUUUAACUUUUUCAUUUUUCUUAGAUUUGGAUAUCUUCUAAUAUAAACUCAUUUUAAGAAUUAGAAACUUGCUGAUCAGAAUUAAAUUUAAUUUACUUUUAAUUUUCAUUGUUCACUCCUAACAUUUAUUCAGUAUUUUUAUGCUCCUCAACAAAGCAAUUUUCACCUUAUUUUAUAUUAGUAAUAGAAUUCUUCUUCUUUUUUUAUUUUUGAGCUGAUUGCUUUUUAUUUUAUUGCUCAGUUUCUUAUUUUUAAUUCUUCAUGUAUUAUUGGAUAGUAUAUCCUGUCCAAGUUCCACUUAGACUUUCUUCUGCAUCAAAAUUAUAUCCAUCAAAGCUCUCUCUAAAGAACUCUUCGUUAAGCUCAAACUGUUAAAUGGUUAAUGGUUCUUGCUUUACCUUUGGUUUUGUUUCCUUUAUUUCAUUUACAGUAGGAAUUUUAUUUUUACUAUUAAUUUUUUUACUGCUCUUUUAGUUAAGUUAAUUUGGUUGAGUACUACUAAUAUUUGUUUUUGUUUAUGGAUUAAAUGAGGGACUAAGCUUUUCGUUUUAUUUUGCCUCACUGUUUAAUCCGUUUUUAUUUUAUUUAUUCUAGCUUGCUAAAUCAUCUUAUUGAUUUAAUUUUUAAAAUUCUGAUUAAUUAUAAUUAGAAAUUUAGCAAGGGAUUUCAUUAAAUUUGUUUUUAGUUGAUGUCAAAUUAUGCUAAGCUGAGCUAAUACCAAUUUAAUCACUAUCCUUUUUUUUGUUUUAUCUUUAUUAAUUUAGUUGCUAUUCUUUCUGAUUGA